AUGGAUGAAGAAAUGGAGUUUAUGGAGGAUUUCGUUGUAGAUGAUUCAUCAUCGUUUUCGGACGAUUUUUUUGAUCCAGAAUACGAAUUUGAUGCUUUUCAGUUCUAUGAUUUUUCUAGAGUUGAAACGGAGUCCGAGGCGCGAGAAGCCGAAACCUGGUUCAGAUACGCUCGUGAAUAUCCUCCUUCUCCUUUUAUUGUGAAGUUAAAGUUGAUGAAGGCAGCCAAAGUCAUUCCUGCGAAACCUCAUAAAUCCAGCUCCAGAAAAAUAGAAGCUAGUCGAAACACUAGCACAUCCAGCGUUUCAGAUGCUGACACUGAUCAUGGAUCCCCCUCAAGAGAUGGGAAAAUCAAAGGUGUAAAGCAGCAUAAUCUUAUGCGUCAAGAUAGUGUGAAAGCUAAGCCGAAGUCCACAGUCAACUUGUCUAAACCAAGUGGUUCAUCGUUCAUGAAACCUACUGCUAGUCAUUUAGCCAAGCAAAAUAAGGAGUGUGAAAUACAUUAUGGCGGUUGUGGAAGGUUGCAGAAGCCAUUAGUUACUGCAGUUGAAAAGUUACGAUCUCCUACGAGAUGUCAAAACUAUGCCACCAAAAGACAGAAGCUAGAAAUUGGUUAUUUGCGUAAGGUUGCACAAUUGGAAGGCAACUCAAAUUCUAGAUCUAAAACUACUAUUCCCCGAAAACCUGCAUUGGUAACAGAAGAGAGAGCGCAAAGGCGUAGGUCCCAGAAUAAAUCUGAAUCAGUUCAACAACCAAAAGCAAAUACUCCUGGAUUUAAAGCACGACCGUUGAACAGAAAAAUUCUCAGCUCUCCUAAAUGUCCCCAACGUAAGAAAAGCAUGACUCCGUUAACAGAGUUUCAAGAGUUUCACUUGAAGACCACAGCGCGAGCAAUGCAAGUUCAAUCUGCUAAUGUAGGCAAUCAAGCACUAUAUAAACAGAAUUCUGCUCCUCCAGUAUGUGAAGAUAUAGUCAUCAAGAGCCAAAACUCUGGAAAGAAGGAUAAAUGCAAAUCGCCAAAUAAUUCAAAAGCUCGAACUCCUGAUAAGGUACACCAAAUGAAAGAUGGAGGACUUGUACUAAAUGCAAAGCACAACUCACAACUGCCGAUAGAGUUAUUUAAAAAGCUCUCUUUAAAAUCUGAAUCCGAGACAAAAAUUAUAUCCUCAUUAAAACCACCUCGUCUAAGCAAGGCGUUGAAAGAGAAUGCACCUAGACCUUCCCAGCAGGAGUUUAGGAGGUGUGGUGGGAAGCCAAAUCAGUGUGGAAGCGAUAGGAGGAUCACUGAAGUUAAACCGCAGCCCAACAUCAACAGGAGCGUGGAUAUCCGUUGA